AUGCCUUAUGCAGCAGAUGUGAACAAUAAUAACAUUAGUACAGACGAAGUGAUUAAAGAAUUGGAAACAAGAAACCAAGAUCUUCAAGCAAGACUUGAUGAAGUCAUGAGAGAAUUUACCGAUACAGACAAAGUUAAUAAAACGAAAAUACGUAAAAUCGAAUCCGACUUAAAACAUUAUCAAGAUCGUUAUUCUCAGGCCACUCUGAAAAUCGAGGAUCUUGAAAAACAAACUGAAAAUUUGCUCCAAAAACAAAAGUCUGAUUUUUGGCAAUUAAAAUACGACAAGAAAACUUCGAAAAAUGACGCCUUCAUUGAAGCUUUGGUGAAUAAAGUGGCAGAAUUGGAAGAACAAAAUCAUCAUAUCGAGAAGAAAAAGUCUGAAACCGAAAGAAAAUUGUCUAUGGUCACGAAUGAAUUAGAUCUUUUGCAGGAACAAUGUAAUCAGUUGGCUAACGAUUCACAAAACUAUGAAAUCCUACAAAUGCAAUGUCGUCAACAAACAGAGUUAAUCAAUGAUUUAUCAGAAUCUUUAGAGUACGAACGUUCAAGAGUUGUCAGCAUGAAAUCAGGAAUGCCAUAUUCAAGAGCAACCUCAAGGUUUGCCUCAAGAUCAAAUUCUUUCUCUGAGCAUCAAAUUUCCAACACUUUAAGAAGAUUAAGUAAUCCUGAUAGAUCAUUAUUUGGUGCUGCCCCGCCUAGCCCUGGCGGUGGACUAGGAGGAAAAAUUAAAAGGACUUUGCUUUCAGAAUUGGAAGAUGAAUUUCGUCGUACUUUUGAUUAUCACAAACCAAUUGAGGGAGUUUUUGAAUCACCGCCAUCAUUUUCACCCACAUCAGAGAAAAGCUUCUUCUUUGAUGAUAGUAUGUCAUUACUAAGCGAUGAUUUUGUCUUCUUGGAUGAAUUUGAUGAAGAUAAAAUAAAUUUAAUAAGAGAAUGGUUUUGGAAAAGAUGGGCAAGAAGCAUUUACUCAUUCUUUAGAUUAAUUUGGAGAUGGGCUAAAUUCCUUUUGAUUUUGAUUGCUGCGAAUUUAAUGGCUAUAUAUCGUGGUCCUGAUAAUAUCUUACCUGACACAAAUAAUACCGGUAAAAAAUCCAGCGCAAGCGUAUCUCAUAUUACACAACUAGACUUUCCAAACUUUCAAGAUUAA